AUGGCCACGAGCGAUGCCGGCGACGAGGUGGCGGCCCAGCCAAUCAAGCAGCGGCUUACCUUCGUCGACUUGCCCACCGAAACUCAACGGGAAAUCAUCUCACAUUGCUCCCAGAGCGAUCUGAUAUGCCUUGCUCUCGUCUCGCGCCACUUCCACGAACUCGCCUCGGCUCAGCUAUACAGGAACUUUCACAUCAUCUUCCCCGACGAUGACGAUCUCAACUUCGACUCCCCCAUCGACGGUCUUGCUGGCGGUCUUGAUACUUUUACCACCAGUAAUUAUGACUAUGCCAAGCACCUGAGGGAUCUAUCCAUGGACACUCUCAGCGCUGGUCUUAAGGGGGAGUGCUGUUACCAAUCCUAUUUGUAUAGCGCCAGCUGCGGCAAACCUGUCUACCGCGAGCUGCAUCGAAUCGCAUCGCUCAAGAAACUUCAUGUACGGAUGCAGGCGGGAGACUCGUAUUACGUGCAGCCGCCGCCGCUGCCCGUCUCCAUCGAUCCUCACCCCCAGCCAGAUUCGACAACCCAUUGGGGAGGCAUUCCGCCGCUUGCUCCUCUGAGUUUGUUGCCACCUCCGCCUCCGCCUCCGGGUGUUGUGCCGCCUGUUGUCAGCGGCCCCCCGCCUGCUCUGCUCCCGCCGUCGUCCAAAUCAGCGCCUAAGAACAAGGCUGGGAAGCGAGUGACUGGUGCAAAGGAGCCUUCUACUUUUUCAGGUUUCAAGAACCUCCAGAGCCUCAGUGUGCUGGAUAUCGAAAAUCUCGACAUCGUGAGCGAGCUCAAUGCAUGCAUCAAGAACUCUAGCUCGACGCUCACUGAGCUACAACUAUCCUUUUCGGAUGGGUUGGCAAGCCGGUCGCGUAGGCCGCCGCCUGAUUCCGACGCAGACGACUCGGAUGUCGAAGACGAGUUUCAGGUUCUCCCCGCCGCCCAGAAUAACAACGGCGGCUUUGACUCUAAACAAUUUCGCGUGUACGAAGAGCGUAGACUUCAAGAGUCCGUUCUUGGUAGAAUAUUCCAGCUCUUCCCACCCGGACCUGGCGCACCGCGUAAAGCGGCUGCUAUCGUUGAAUCUGAUCAGGAGGAGGAUAAAAAGGAAUCGGAAGUUUCGGCAACAGAUGUUCGAGAAGCAUUCAUUGAAUCCAUAAAGAACGCCUCUACUAAACUCAUGACGAUUACCAGUGGAUCUUCCAAUUUCUCUGCCACAGCGCAAGAUAUGCUCGAUACCAUAGCCAAGGCUGCGCGGAAUUAUGUAGAUUCUGUCGAAGCCUCGGCACUGACUAGCGGGCAGCCAAAUCCCCCAAAUCAGGAGGCUGCAACAAGCACGGCCAACGGUGUUGCGGAAGGAUCCAGUUCCAAGGCGAACGAGGCAACGAUCUCUGGUGAGAGCCCGUCCAGCAAGGCUCCAAAGAGGAACGGAAGUGACGCGUCUCCCGAAGAUAUCGACAUUGCUCACAUAGAAGUUAUCGACGAUGUGUUUGGAGAAACCGAGGAUUCAAAUCUGCCAGAUGGGUCCGAUCCUAAGCCCGUGGAAGGGGACACCUCUGAAGCGGAACCUGGCCAACUUGGUUCCUCCUCGGGCUCUGCUACUCCUACACCUGGUGUUAGUACGGCCGUAGCCCCCUCCAAAACGACUGAAAAUGCCGCCCAGCCAUCUGCGCACAAAGUCAACUUGGAGAACCUGAUGACGAAACUGGACUAUUUCCGGAAUCAGAGCGAAACCAUUGGGAAGAAGAUCAAUGAGUUACAUGCCCAGGGCUCGGCAAUAGAUCAUUCGCAGAUUAAGGAUGCUGACGCCCAACUCAGGAGCUUCAGUGCCAUGGUCACUGACCUCCAGAACGAAAUCCAGGUUAUCGAGGAAGAGAUGGAUGAGUCGGAGCGCCGAGCAGCGGGCGUCAACACCAGCAGUAUGAGUGACUAUGUCCGCCGCACUAGAGGUCUGAUGCUCACGUCCCUGAGCAUUUAUCUUGUCCCUGUCAAAGCCUCUGUUCUGUCGCAGACAAUCAAUCUAUCAUGCCUUAAGCAGCUAACCCUUCUCAAUGUUGGUGACCAGGCGGCUAUCUGGUCCUUUUUCACAAAGGCAAACAAGGUGCGGCCGUUGCCUUUGAGGAGCAUCUUCACGGACCACGUGAGCAACCAAUUUCUUGUUUUUGCCUCUCAGCUCGAAGAGAUACAUGACCUCUUCCUGCUGGAGCGCAGCCCCAAGAACAAGCCCGAGACUACUUCAUUGCCGACUUUCACAACUAUGGAACAGAUUCGCAGGCUUGUGCUCAAAAAGCACAUUGGCAAGCUUAAGCGAUUGAUGAUCAAAGAUGAGGCUAGCGGCACUCGCUGGGACUGCAAUGAGAAGACGAUGAUUCUUAUUUGCACCCAGGGGCGGAACCUCGAGGAGUUGGCACUGAGCAUGAAUAUCCAGGCUGUGCAUAUUUUCAUGCAAUAUUUUUCAGGUCUCAUUAGCUUGCGCGCAAUCAACAUCCUGCACUUCCGCAACAACGACACUUGCAUCUGGGUUGUUAGAGAAAUCCUGAGGUUCAUUGUAGACAAUUUGUCACACUAUCCAGAACUCAAGCUGGAGUGGAUCGCAAUGGAAGACGACCGCGUCGACAGAGUCAUCCGGCCGUCUGAUGAAACCAACGAUACUCCGGAUGAGCGAAAGAACAACAAGCGGGCCAAGGGGAAGAGCAAGGAUAAGGUUCCGGCUGCUACGAACCUAGGCCCACACAACAUGUUUCCGCCUCUUCCGCUAGAUAGUCUCGACUCGGAGAGCGAUAGUGAUGACGAGUUUAACGGGGGGUCACGCCUACGGUUCAAGACGGUGGGACCACUGCAGUUUUACGACGUAUGGGGAGUCAAGAUCUUUGACAAGGAGAUUCGCAGCGGGAGACUAUGA